UCCAGACUGGCCAACCCGUGAAUAGAACUGUACUCUAUUGGGGCUGCAAAAUCAUGAGUCUUUUUGUCUGUGUGCAAGUCCCUUCAAGUUUCCGUGCAACAGUGGAAUCAAGAACAAGAACCAAACUGUUCAUAUACAGGCUCUUGAAAUCCACGACUUGGUCACCAUUUUUUCCUACAAUUCUAGAGUUUCAGAGAAAGAGAUAAUGAAAAGCCGGCUAUAUUGCUGUGAUGAAGAAGACGAGAAUGAGGUAUCCAGAACGGUUCAUUGUUGGUGGCGUUCGGCUGCCAAGUUUGAUGAAUGUCUUAAGCUCAAGCUCGACCUCCCAAACAUUUCAAGCCUAACUCCUAGGCUUAAAGUGCUGAGGGAGAUGGAAAGGUUGGCUUUGAUUGCACCUGAAGGGCUGAACGAGCUUCGGCACAAGCUGCUCACGUAUCGUUCCGGUGACUUUUGGGUGCCGACGGGAGGGAUCAAGAAGGAGGAGAUGGAGAUUCCCCAAGCCAAUACGAUUCUCUUGGUGGGUUUUACUGGUUCUGGCAAAAGCUCGCUUGUGAACCUUAUGUACAGUGUUCUUGGGCGUUCUGGCCUCAUACCCUUUACUCGAACGUCACAGGGAAGUUCUUCCAAGUACUCCACUCUGUUAAUGGAAGAGCAUAAUGUGCUGAGGUCUAUGCAGAGUGGGCUUUGUGUCUAUGAUUCGAGGGGCUUUGAUUAUGAUCAAUUGUACGAGAAUCUUGAAGAAUUGUCCAGUUGGAUGACUGAAGGCGUCCAUCAUAAUCAGCUAUGCUUAAGGUUGGGAGAUGAUGCAUUGACCGAAGAGGACAUCGAAAAUUUAACCUCGAAAUCAUCUGCAAAAUUUGUGAAGAGAAGAGUGAACUAUGCAAUGGUGGUGGCUAACAUAGCAGAGAUCUAUAAAGCUGCAAAAGCAGCUGAUUUCAAGCCACUGAAGGCCAUCAGAGAACUCUUCUGCUGUCCUGUUUUAAGAAAAUCCAAUGAGAACCCUCUCUUGAUCUUGACACAUGGUGACAUGUUAUCAACCGAGGAGAGGAUCGAGGGCCGCCUGAAGAUAUGCGAAUGGCUAGGUAUAUCGGAGACCACUGGGGUGUAUGACAUUGUGUGUCUCACACAGUAUGGAUAUCUAGCAGAAGAAUCAGACCCUGUCACGGCCUAUGCCUUAUCUGAAGCUGUUUAUAGAGCAUUACUUAUAUCAGAUAGGGGACAUUGUCCAAAGAAAAAUACCUGGGACUGGGCAGUGCUCAUAUUGUCGUGGAUAAUGUGCUUCUUGGGUACUUUCUUCGCUUUCCUUGCCAAUCUUUGCACCAAACUUGGGCAGAGGGAUAAAUUGAAGUACUUGUGAAGGAUUAUGGUAGCUGGAGAUUCUGUUGCGAUUUGGUGUUAGAGGACUAGCUGAGUUUUGAGAUUGGCUAGCAGGAUGACUUGAUGCAUAUGUAAAUAUAAUAUUGAAGUACAAUAUGUGAGUCUGGUUUACCUUCUGUCUGACAACAGAGUCAAUGUAUUCUUAUUGCUUGUAAUGAAUAAACCAUUGUAUUUGAAUAAAAAUGGUGAGGCUGUUUUUG